GAGGGCUUAUCCCCGAGGGGCCCCUGUAACCUCUCCGCGCGAAGACGGCUCUAGCCGUGCAAGGAAAGAAAACUAACUUCGGUUUUUCGAAGGAACCAGGAAGGAUUAAGCCGCUUGGAAAUGGGCAGGAGCGCGUGGAGGGUGCAAUGAUUGUGGACUAAGACGCGCUCGGGCAGAGGCUAUGUAAUCAUCUCCGCGUCUGUGCAGAAGACUUCGCUUCGGAGAGGGAAGAGGAGGGAUCGGCUUGCUCCUCCGGCGGCAGUGGCGGCGACUCUGCAGGCGGAGUUUCGCCGCGGCGGCUCCACAGUUGCGCCAGCACCGCGGGGAGGUCGCUCCAUCCAGCCUAGGCGGUAGCGAGAGCCCCAGAGCCGCAGCGCCGGAGCAGGCUAAGGGCGAGGGAGAGCGAGACAGAGCUCUCCGGAGCCCCGGAGGAGGCGAGCGGCGGCCGCGAGCAAGUCGAACGCACCCCCCGCCCGCCCCAGCGGCGCCACGCCGGGUGGCGUCCAGGCGGCAUGGAGAAGGACGGCCUGAGCCGCGCAGACCAGCAGUACGAGUGCGUGGCGGAGAUCGGGGAGGGCGCCUAUGGGAAGGUGUUCAAGGCCCGCGACUUGAAGAACGGAGGCCGUUUCGUGGCGCUGAAACGCGUGCGGGUGCAGACUGGCGAGGAGGGCAUGCCGCUCUCCACCAUCCGCGAGGUGGCGGUGCUGAGGCACCUGGAGACCUUUGAGCACCCCAACGUGGUCAGGUUGUUUGAUGUGUGCACAGUGUCACGAACAGAUCGAGAAACCAAACUAACUUUAGUGUUUGAACAUGUUGAUCAAGACUUGACCACUUACUUGGAUAAAGUUCCAGAGCCUGGAGUGCCCACUGAAACCAUAAAGGAUAUGAUGUUCCAGCUUCUCCGUGGCCUGGACUUUCUUCAUUCACACCGAGUAGUGCAUCGUGAUCUAAAACCACAAAACAUUCUGGUGACCAGCAGUGGACAAAUAAAACUGGCUGACUUCGGCCUUGCCCGCAUCUACAGUUUUCAGAUGGCUCUUACCUCAGUGGUCGUCACGCUGUGGUACAGAGCUCCAGAAGUCUUGCUCCAGUCCAGCUAUGCCACUCCUGUGGAUCUCUGGAGUGUUGGCUGCAUAUUUGCAGAAAUGUUUCGUAGAAAGCCUCUUUUUCGUGGAAGUUCAGAUGUUGAUCAACUAGGAAAGAUCUUGGACGUAAUUGGACUCCCAGGAGAAGAGGACUGGCCUAGAGAUGUUGCCCUGCCCAGGCAAGCUUUUCAUUCAAAAUCUGCCCAACCAAUUGAGAAGUUUGUGACAGAUAUUGAUGAGCUAGGCAAAGACCUACUUCUGAAAUGUUUGACAUUUAAUCCAGCCAAAAGAAUAUCCGCCUACAGUGCCCUGUCUCACCCAUACUUCCAGGACCUAGAGAGACGCAAGGAGAACCUGGAUUCCCAUCUGCCACCCAGCCAGAAUACCUCGGAGCUGAACACAGCUUGAGGUCCAGCAGCUGGCUUGAGCUGAUCUUCCGCAGAACACCCUUGGUGGCUCAUUUCCCCUUGAGCUAGCCCUGCAGAGCUGUUGAGGGUCACUGGAGGCCUUCCAGCUGCUGUCUUCUGGAUGGGCUCUGCUUCACCAAGGAAACCAACCGCCUAGUUUACUGUUCUGAAAUCAAUGCAAGAGUGAUUGCAGCUUUGUGUUCGUUUGUUUGUUUGUUUGUCUGUUUGUUUCAAGAACCUGGAAAUAUUCCAGAAGAAGAGAAGCUGCUGACCAAUUGUGCUGCCAUUUCACUUUUCUAACCUUGAAUGCUGCCAGUGUGAAGUGGUAAACCGGGCACAGCUGAGUUAUGAUGUAAUCUCCUUGCAGCUGCCGGUCCUGAUUUGGUACUUUUGAGUGUGUGUGUAUGUGUGUGUGUGUGAGAGAGAGAGAGAUUCUGUGAUCUUUUAAAGUGUUACUUUUUGUAAGCAAUAAGAAUAAUUGCAUUUUAAAGACUCGCAGUGAAUGGUAAAAUAACACAUUUGUUCACUGAAGGUGAUUCACCAGAAUGGUCUUCUCAAAUUAGAAAGUUGAACCUAUGUCCCCAGCAUUUCUUUUCUGGCCAAGAAAGUUUUAUACAUGCAACAAAAGGAAAAAAAUUCUAAUCUCUUUUAAGAGACCUGUUUUUUGUGUUUUUUAAGCAUGCAUUCUGUUUACUUUUCAACCAGCUGAAUUUUCUUGUCUUUUUUAACUUUGUGUACAAUAUUAUCCUUAUUGUUGCCUUUGGAAAAUACCCUAUAGUCUUUUAUUACUUGCUAUAGAUUUAGGGAAUGUACCUCAAAUAGAUAAAAAAAAAAAAAAUAGAGAAAGCCUUUUUUUUUUUUGGUUUGAAAUUCCUUUUCUCCUUUCCUUUUUUUUGUUGCUGUUGUUUGUUUUUAGGAGUUUGUCAGAAACUGUUUCCUCUGGUGGUUUGCAGAGUAGUCUCUGACUGGAAACAGAAAUGCCACUUAAAUUUUCUUCACCUAUUACACUAUGCUUUCUACCACACCCCGCCUUGUUGACAAAAGCAUCCAUCUCCUCUAGCUCCCAGCUGCCUGUAAUAUACAUCGCAACCAUUACGUAACUAGUAACAGAUUGCUCAGAUUCCUGUCAUGUACCACCUGCUUGCUCGUUCUCAGUGACCCUUUCAUAAAUUUGCGGUUUCAGUUCUGCCAUCCCCGUAGAGCCCCAUAUGUUCUCUCGAAUGUAGUCUUCCUGCCUGGCAUCCUCUGUAGUUACCUAAGCAAUGAGAAGGACAUUUGUUCUGCUUUAUCGCCAACAGGUAGAUUUCUGUUUUACAUUUUUAUAGGUGUAGUAUCUGAGGGAAUGCCUUUUAACUAUGUCUUAGCAACACACAUUUACUCUAUAAAAUGAUCUUUCCACUGUCCCGCAGGCUGUGCCUGUUUCUGGUAUCUUGUUCUCUCUAGAACCAGCCUGACCUGGGCAUUGUAAACAGCUUUACUUUUUCUCUUACCCUUUUCUCUAGUCCUUUGUGUUUUAUUCCAUAUCUGCCUUAUGUGUGAUUUAGCGCUUACUUGGCUCCAGUAACCAGAAGACACAGAAAUUAUCUUUCAGGAAGUUCAUCUGCCUUUACUUUAUGUUAUUGAGUGUAGGCAACAGGUUGGAUCAUGACUAGAGUUAGGAUUUUCAAAGAAUAGACAUUGCUUCACUCGGCAGAAAAUAUUUCAGAUGAUGUUUAUGCACUAUCAAGUUUUACUGAAUUCUUCACAGCUUAAUAUUGUAUAUGACUAUCUUGAACAAGAGAAAAAAUUAGAUGUUUUUCUUCUUGAGAACUUUGGGGGCUGGGAACUAUUAUUUCCUUAAUACAUACAUUGUUAACAUUGUUUUGAUUCAGUAGCUUGAGGAACAGGAAAUUUUUUCUAAAGCAAGAUAAUACAGAAGAUGGGCCAUAAGAAUGUUCUAUAAUUUCACUGUGACAGCACUGAUUCUGUGUUGUCAGAACUGUAAAUGCUUGAGAUAUAAUGAAUGCAGAGCAUUCAGGGCAAGGUAUACUCCAAGUCUCACCUGAAAAAGUGAGUUCCACCUUUCAUUCCACAGAGGGUCAAAACACAAAGAUAUUCUUGCUGGAGCCUAGAAAUUGAAUUUAAAACCUCACUGCACUGAUUCAUCAUGAGCUUUUUUGUUAGUAUUCAUGGCAAGGCUAAAUGUAAUAAGUUUUUGCUUUCACAAACGUUUUUUCAUAACUUCACUCCAGACAAAUGCAGCUGUUCUGAACUGGAAUUUUUCAGCAUUCUUUGGAAUUUUGAAGAAGUUGAGAGCUCAACUUUUAUUUCUAGCAUCUGUUUUGGCUCAUUUGUAAACAGUGCUUGUAAAGAAAAAUUAAAGCACCAACAUUUUGCCGUUAGAUACUGGGCAAACUAUCCUCUGACAGCACAGAAUAAUAGGGCAUCUUCACCUUUCUGAACUUUUUUUCCUAGUCUGUCCCCAGAUUCUUCCAUUAGUGUGGUUGUUACACUUGAGUGAAUAUUCUCUCAAUUUUUACAUCCAGCCUCACUACUUCUGAAAUGCAGAUCCCAAACAAGCAGUUGUGCCAUUAGGUCACUCAGAAGUAUGUAAUAGAAUAAGAACUUACUGAAUAUACCUUACCCUUCUGUGACAUAUGGCUUCAAACAUCUUUGCAAAAAGCUAGGCAACUGAAAAGGUCAUACUGCUGCAGGGUUGUACUGAAGCAGCUUAUAACGAGUAAAAAUAUCAUGACAGAUUUGAAGUUAAAUUUGACUUUCGUACUAGGACUAGUGUGCAAGAAAUGUGCCUGAUUGUUUGAUGUUUGGUUCUGGCAGCCCGGCCAUUUUAGGAACUGUUAUGCAGGAUGGAAUUGAAACAACCUACAUACAAAAAAAGAAAGCUGUUCAUUUAGGUAUCAUAGGCAAUCACAUAGCAAAGCAUAAUAAUGAUCUGUCCUUAAAAACACAAACCUGAUGGGUUGGCACCUCCUUUAAAGAGUAUGGGUACUCGAGGUGCAAAGAACCUCUUUUGGAAUAAAGUUCAGCACCAUUUCAACUCCUUGUGUUAUCAGGACUUUCACGAAGCACACUCUGUGAGUGGCAGGCUUUGUUUAGCCCCACAUGACUUACUAAAAAUACUUCAGAAUUAUCCAUCUAAGAACAGAACCUCAGCAUUUUAAUUUUAAGUAAAAAUGAAAAUUUCAGAAUGCGUAGGAUGUUGGUAUCUCAUCAAAAAGCAUGUUUUAAUAGAGAAAUGUAUAGUUUGACUUCAGAGUGUGGUACUACGCAUCUUGAUGAGAAGACACUUAAAUAGUGCCAAACAGUUUGAACUUUAAAUUAUGUACUUAAAUUGAAUUUUUAAGUAACUGUAGCUGCUGCUUUUAAAAGUGGUGCCUGUUAAAUCCAGUAAUGGCAAUUCUUGUUCCAUUAUGGAAAAUUAAAUCAUGUAAGCUUCCUGAUAUCAUAAACAUAUUAAAAUUCUUCUGUCCAAAGGAUUGCUUUUCUUUUAAGUGACGAUUGUUUUUAGAUAAGCACACAAGAGAUCUCACAUUUUCCAAAAGCAGGUUUUUGUUGCAUUGUGUGUCUAAGAAAGAAUAAUGUUAAAAGUUAAAGUGCCACCAUAAUUACUUGUGUUACCACAGAAACUACAGAGUCUUUCCCUUGGAAAGAAAAUAUUGAAAUAUCAUUAUAAAUCCUCAGAUAUUGGUGGAAUUCAAAAGGAUGCAUGUUUUAGAUUGUGCUAUAAAAGUAAUGAUGUAUGAUUUCUAAAUCUUUAAAAGUUCGUAAAACUUUGCAAUGGACAGAAAAUUCUGGAGAAAAUGAAGAUAUUCAAAAAGUAUUUUCAAAGCCAUAUAUAUAUUUUGAAGAAUAUAUUUUUAUUAGCAUACAUUAUAAGAAUUUAUAUUAAAGUCACCUGGCAACUAUGGACUUGAUAUGUUCAAAAACAAAUUUUAUGGAGGAGCUGCUCCAAACAGUUAACAUUUCAAAGGUUGAGCCAAGCAAAGUAAAUCAUUCACUCUUUUCAUUUCAAGGUGAGGAAGCAGCCCUGUGAAUCUACACUUGUUAAUACAUGCCUACGCAUGUUUAUUGUAAAAAGAUAAAACAAAUUUUAAAAAGGCAUAUAUUCCCUGUGCCACCAGUACUUUUAAAAAAGGGUGAACCUUACUGAAAACCAAUUAUCAUGUGCAUUAAAUACAUUCAAGUAUGUAAUUAGGAAGAUACUUCCAUGUUCCUUCUCCACAAUAGAAAAACUUCCUGAGGCUACCAAAAUCUGCCAAGAAUAUUAAGUUCUCAGAAUAAUUAGAAUUAGUGUUUUCCUGAAAAGUAUGAGAAAAUAGCAUUUUUGUUUUUUAUUGGAUUGUUUGUUAUAUCAAUGUAGUUUUCAACCCAAUUUUGAUGUAUACCUAUAUCUCAAGCAUUUCUAAGUUGUACUUUUUUAGAAAAUAAACCAAAAAUACUUUGGCCUUCUCGAUCUUUGUAAAUAACAAAAAAUAUAAAAACAGAAAAAGUCCAAUUUUUAAAAUUUUUUCUCAUCUAGCGUUCCCUUCCACCCUCCACCCCCCACUUAAUGAAGUACCAAUCAGCUUUUCAAAAUGUUUUCUAUUUCUCGGCAUUCCCAGAGAGUUAGUUUAGAUAAAUGAAUGGACUUUAAAUCAAUGUACUAUGUUUCCUUGAUACUGGUGCUCUGGCCUUAAGAAGAAAGCAAGAGCCAUCUGAAAAUAGACAGGUGGUUUUUCUUGCAAAAGUCUUUUUUAAAAUCAUGCUACGCUAACAAAUGGGCUUUCUUGUUUUAUUCCAGAAUAUUCCACAAGGUGGCACUUUUGAGAGAAAAACUAAAAUCUAAUCAAGGCUAACAUUCUAACUUUUUCUGCACAUAUAAUAUUUAACUCUUGCUUGGCACUCGUUGUCAAGAUUAUUAAUAUUCUUUAUAAUGGUCUGUAACUUAAUUAUUCAGAACCUAGAUAACAAGUCAAGUAUCUAUCUGCAGAUAAAUUGUGCUUAAGGAUUGAUAAUGCAUGCAUUUUGAUCAUACGAGUAAAGAAAGCCUAGUUAUUCACUUAGUCAAGAAGCAUUUUUGAGGUACCUAAUAACCUCACUUUUCCAGGUUAGGACAGGUUACUAUAAAAGCAACCCUCAUCUGUGAACAGGAUGGUUUUGUUAGGGGUGUAAGCCUCUUCCAGUGCCCCCAGUUAAAGCACUCAUACCCUAUUUGCUGCGUUCACAUUCCCUACCAUGGUGGCCUUUUAACACUGCUUAAAUUUUAAAAUCCUAAUUUUUCAAAAAAUUCAGUUGAGCAAGCUCAGUAGCAUAUCAGUAAUUCAGUAGGCAAAGCUUUUUUUAAGGAAUUGCUGUAUUGAAACAGCCCUGUUAGACAUAGCAUUUUUUUAAUUUGUAUAAUCACAAAUGUAAAUUCAUAAAUUCUAAUUUCUUUUUUAUGAUUGUAAGUACAUGAGCAUAACAACUUAGGGGCAUACUAGGCCUCUGCAUAAGUCUUUCCUCCACUUUUGAAGUUUUCUGACAACUUACAUAUUUUUUUUUCACUUUUUUAAUUAACAGGUCUGCUCAGACUCUUUAUCCCCCAAAAUGAUUUAAAAGUCACCUUCCUCACAACAGUGUCACUUGAAACUUAGGAGGAAAAUAUAGUAUUUUUCAGAAUUUCCUUAGCAUAGCACAACAGAAGGCAUUUUACUCCUUUUGGGGCGCAGGUCCUCCACGGUACCUGCCAGACUUUCCUCCGGAGCGGCAGACAGGCAAAUCUAAUUCGUGCUGAAUCAAAAUGUCUCACACACUAGUGGCUGUCCUAAGCUCUUCAAGAAAUCUUGGGCUUCAUUCGCCCCUCGGCUCCCACAUAAGUCGAUUCCAGUUUUAACCCCCAAGCUAAAGGCCGAUUCGAACCUGGGGUUCCCUGUCUGCGCGCCGGCCUGAACUCUUCCCUGCUCGCUUUGAAAACUUGAGUCCCGGGGCGGCCUCGUCGCCCCGCCCCUCAGCGGCGGUGGGUGGGGCCUGUCGAGACCCCCGCCCACUCACCUGCGGGUGUCCAGACCCGUGUGCGGCCCCGGCUGGAGCCCGUCCCGUGCCAAGUCCGUGCCCUGCUGCUGUCCCAGAGGCAUCUGUUCUGCACAUCUUAGGAAGUAAAAUGUCCCUAGAAGCAAACGGCGGGUGCCUUCUGUGCAUAAGUAAGUACAACACGAUUCUCCGAAAGUUCAGGUAGAAAGAUGCGGUAGAAGCUGGUCUGUGUGAAGUUGUAUACCAGGCAUCUCUCAAGCUCUAAGCUCAGCUUUUUUUUUUUUUUUUUAAGAGAAGAUGUAUAAUUACAGGAAAGAUUUUUUUUAUUUUUUUAUUUUCUAUCAUUCUACUUAAUAUGGUGGCAAAAGAUAUGCCUGGAAAAGUUUUGUUUUGAAAAUUGUUUAUUUUAUGCUUCAUCUUCAGUUGGCAAAAGCUCCUAACACUUCAGCUUCCAGUUUCUUCUCUUUUUCUUUUGUCAAGUAAUUAAAAGUAUAUAAACAAACUAUCUGAUGUAGUAGGGGAAUUUCCUGUUUAAAGGAAUCUUGUGUGAAUUGUUUGGUCACACAAGAAAACAAUCAACCCCUUCUCUAUUUUAGGAGUUUGGAUUAUCAAAUGUAGGUUUCCUUUGAGGGGGCACAUAGCUGCAUAUUGAGUGCCAAGAACUGCCUGUAGCACUAAUCUGCAAUGUAGAGCCACACAGUUAUUUAAUUUCUCUCUGGUUUCUAGCCAGAUUCCGUUGAUGGGCUUAGGCUAAAGUUCUGAAGAUACACUUUCUACCUUUACUUGAAAGUUUAUAAUCUUAAGUUUUAUAAAAUGCAAUAAUACGUAUUAGCUAGCAAUAUUUCUGUGAUCACCAGCAACUCUGUUUAACCUUAAAGUCUGAAAAAUGAAAAUAGAUUCCAGCAGUAAUGGAUUUCUUGAACCCCCAAGUGCAUCCUAUGUCUUUUCAUUCUGGUCCUGUGUUUGCAACAUGUAUGUUAUAGUUGCUCACUUUUUACUCAUUUAUUUUCCUAUGACCAGUAAUAAAUAUAUUAGAACAUGAAAUUAAUACCAUCAGCAACCCCUAGGAGCAGCACUUAACAGUGGCAUACCAAUUAGGGGGGUGGUCAGGGACUGGUUUGUUUUUGCAUGUCCCUGACAACCCCUCCCCCCAUUGGCUUGCAACUUUAACAGAUGGAGAAUAUUUUUCAAGUUGUUCUACAUUUACAUAAAUUAUUUCUAUUAUUAUUCAUUAUAUUAUUUAUUUCUGAAUCACACUAGUCCUGUGAAAGUGCAACUGAAGGCAAAAAAUGUUAGGACUUGCAUUUAAUGUUCAUUAUCAUGAUAUUGAUGGAGCUAAGAAAAUAAAAAUGAGACUAAGCCUCCAAGUAAGCCGCAUGGAUUUUUAUCAUGGUUAGUAGACUUAAGAUUAUAGGUGUGGUAUUUCUGGUGUCUAGGAGUUUUAUCAUUAUGUAAAAGAAUUAAAGGACUUUGUAGUUGUUGUUUUUGUCAAAUAUGCAUAGAGUAUAGUGUGAAAAUAUAGCAAAAAUAAAAACUAAAGGUAGAAAGCCUCUUAGAUACUGCCUUAAUUUAGGAACAAUGCCAAAUGGAGUAGAUGCCAGGCAGAGGCAGGUGCCUGGAUGACCUCCUUUUGUCUGGCCUUGUGAAGAAGCUUGCCCCACGUGAUCUAGUGUCCUUGUAUGUGUCAUGUGCCGUAGUGGGAACAAAUAGUACUGUUGAGAGGAGACAGUGUGGGAGUUUUUCUGUAAAAGCAGAAUUGUCGGCUUAUGCCUUGAGGCUUCCAGAAUGUGUCAGAUGGAGAAGUCCAAGUUUCCCUGCUUCAGGCAACUUGGCUGUGUCCAGAAGCAAUCCAGCCUAGUGGUAAAAAGCAAGGAUUGCAUGUACAGUAAUUGGCAAAGGGAUUUUAACAACCAACAGUUCCCAACACCAUAAAAACUUGUUGCAUUUCUGGUAGUUAAGGUUUUGAUCUGAAGGUUAAAGGACAAGUGUUUGGAUAGAAGAGCAAUAUGUGUUAAGAAAAGCACAAUAUUGGUUUCCAUAGAGUGCAAAUAAGAACUAGAGAAUUUUAUAGGAUUAUCACAGAUGUGUAAAAGUAGGUUUUCACUGUAAAAUAUAUUAGUGUUUCUGCGUUCCCAUAGGGUCUAGUUAAAACUUUGUCUUAAGUUUUGGCAAGGCUGUCAUAGUAAGCUUUUUUUCUGACUUAUAAUAGAAAAUGUUUUCAAAGUCAAAAUGUUAAUUUGGACAUUUGACUUGUUAGUUUCUGUUUGAAAUCACAAUUCUGGAAACAGAGCCUAUGUGUAUCAGAUACUAAUCUAGGCUAUGUGAACCAGCCCAGAAUGGCCAACACCCCCACACUCCUAUACCCUGUCCCACACGUCCCCAUGCUACUAAAGUGCUCCCUGCUAGGCUUGGCACCCCUAGCACAGUGGUUACCGUGCCAGCCACAUACACCAAGGGUGGCGGGUUCGAACCCGGCCUGGGCCAGCUAAACAACUGCAACAAAAAAAUAGUUGGGUGCUGUGGCGGGCGCCUGUAGUCCCAGCUACUUGGGAGGCUGAGACAAGAGAAUCACUUAAGCCCAUGAGUUUGAGGUAGCUGUGAGCUGUGACGCUACAGCACUCUACCAAGGGUGACAUAGUGAGACUCUGUCUCAAAAAAAAAAAAAAUUGCUCCCUGCCACCAUCCUGGCCUGUUUACACGGUGCUCUCCAUUAUCCUCUGCAUCAGGAAUCACAGGUGUGCUUGCCUAGGCCUGGCACCACCCUCACUUGUCCUUUGGCUGGCCGCAGUCAUCAAGAGAUGGUUCCUGAUGCUGGGCCCAGACUGUGCUCAUGACAUCAGUCAGAAGUGCCCUCUAGCAUCUUUGUAUGCAUCUUGAUUUUUAAACCAAGUCAUUCUGCAGAGCAUUCAGUUUUGGCUGUGGUACCAAGAGAAAAACAAAUCAAGACUAUAAGCCACAUUCUAAGCUGCUGUUUUUCUCUCUAUCUUCAGGCAAUGCUUUUACUGUAUUUCUUCAUACUUGAAAUUCAUUCUGCUAUUUUAAUAUCAGGGUACAGAUUUAUAAGGGUGCGUGUUCCUUCAAGGUGCAUAAUUACUCUCAUUCCGUUUGCUCAUAUUGCUACAGAAUGCUAUGUUAUGGUGCUUUGGGUUCAGCAGGUCCAAGAAGCAGUGUGAAAAUUUACUGCCUGGAACACAGUCUUAUAAGAAUGUUGCCAAAUGACUUGGUAUUAGAUGUCACUUCUGCUCUUUUCUCUGUACACAAAAUUGAGAGUUACCAUACUGGCCUGUUAGGUCCACCGGGGUAUCCCUCCUCCCAGGAAAUACAGUAUAAACUCUGUGCCACAGGGCGGAUGCAACACAGCUCUCUGAAAGCAGGGACCUUCCUACCUACCUGGAUUAGUUAGCCCUCAAAGAAAAAUGGCCUUGGGUAUAGACCAGUGGUUCUCAACCUUCCUAAUGCCAUGGCCCUUUAAUAUAGUUCCUGUGGGUCUCAACCCAAGGGUCGGAACCGCUGGUAUAGACGGUAGCAGGAUAGGAAACAGCUGUCCCUCCCUAGCCAUUCCGCACAGAAAGCCCUCCUGAGGCAAAAAGAAAAAAAAAGCUUCUACCCACUUCAGAGCACCCUAAGCUGAUUGUUCUUGCUCUCUCCCCAAGAGGCAGGUAUCAUGUUUGUAUCAUGUAAGAUAUUUCAUCCAAGGACUACCCAAACUUCCACUAAAUACCCCAUCACUAGAAAUCUGUUUUUAAAAGUGACUCAAAUAAGGGAUGCUUUCUGACCUUGGGUUUCUGUGGUCAGAGGUAGCCAUUCUUGUGUGCACCUUACUCUGACUUAUUCGUGGAAGAACUUGCAGUGGUGACUCUGUAAUGGUAAAAGUUAUGUUUCAGAAAAUUCAGAGGGUUACAGAUCAAUAAUCCUUUGGAAACUGGAUGUCUUACUGGGUGCUAGAAUGCAAAUUUAGGUAUUUAUUGUCAGACAAUGGAAUUCAUUGUUUUUUCAAAAUCGGUGUUGAAAUGUCAUUGUCCAAUGUGUUCACUUAUGCAAAAACUAAAUUGAAUGAAGCAAAAAGAAAAUGCUUUGUAUAUUUGUCAUACCUUUUGUAUUUCUUACAAUAAAAAUGUUGGUAGCAAGUAAUAAUAAUAAUAAAACAGCAACUUUAAACUGCUUUCUUGGAGAUGAAUUACUCUCCUGGCUAUUUUUCUUUUGACUUUAAUGUAAAAUGACUAUAACAGCAGUGAGUAACAUUUCAUUAAGUAGCAAGUUUUAGC